AUUUGUACAAUUGCCUCCAUUCUCAAGGGGUUAAGAACAGUAUGAAACAAACACUUUAAAAGAAUAAGGCCUUAGGCUAGCCUACCUGAACUACAUUUCCCUACAUGCACUGCGCCCAAUAACAGCAGCCAAUCAGCACAGCGAUCUCUUCCUGAUGCCAUCACAAAGAGAAAAAGGCUUCUCCAGAUUGGGAAGGAUUAGCAGCAAAACGUUCUUUGAUGGGAGGAAGGUUAGUGUGCAAGUCUGUUGUUGUAUUUGGUCUUUGUAGUAUGUUACUGUGCACUAAUAGAAUGUUUAAGUGUGCAUGUGAUGUGUACAGCUACAUGAUACUCCAGCUAAGUGUCCUAAUAUGUCAUCACAGGGCAGUGAGGAAUUCAAUUUCUGGAUCAGCUGCUUAAACACCUUUUCUUACUGGAGAUCACCUGCUGCAUUUAACCCCUUCAGUAGCAGACACUGCACUGCUGCCUAUAGCAGUUUACACAGCCCAUUGCACCUGGUACUCAGGGGGUUAAGGGGACAGCUGAUCCUCAGCGAGGAGUGACAUGAAGCUGAUAUACAUGUCUCUACAGAGGAUAUCUGAGAGGGUCAUGAUUCAAAUAUACAUUAUUUAAAUACAAUUAGGAUGAUAGGCUCUUGUGUAUAGUUCCUUGAUAUGACAUGAUGACUUGAAUUUUUAUUUUUUUGCAUUUAUUAUCAUCACUAUGUAACUAAGUUAUUUACUGGUUGGUCCCAAUAGUUUUGCAAAUCAGUUCUGUAAUUAUUGCAAUUUUAUUUAUUGAUAUGUUUAGAUAAUGCAGUCUAUAGAUUUAGCUACAGUAUUAUCGUAGCUUCUUAAAACCAUUCUAUAGAUUUAGAGACUUUAAUAGUUCUACACAAGUGUAGGGCACAUAUUGGUGAUAUACUUCAGGGUUUAAGCCCUUUUAUUUAACAAGGCUGCAUGUCCAGUAAUACUUUUUAUUGUUCUAUGUUUGUUGUAAAUCCCAUUUAAUAUUCUAACCUUUCCAUAUCCUCCCUUAACUUUCUGCACCCUUCAGGAUGAGUAUGCGGUCUCUGAUUCCUGGAAAUAUGCAGACAUCAGAGGUAAGGUGCCAUACAAAUCACACGCAAAUGCUGUUAAUAGUUGUAUUUUAUAGUUAUUGUAUAAGUGACAAAAUAUGUAACGUAUUAGGAGUUUAGUGUAUUACAUAGGAACCCUCAAUUCAUGGGAGGUGGGAAUAGAAUUAUAGUUGAUAUUUCAUUAAUUUGGUGUAAGAACAAAAAAAUUACACUUAAAAGCAUUACAGACUUGAUCCAUAAGAAACCCAUUCAAAUUGCGACACAAAAAUUUAUCACGAUGCGAUCUCUCACUUAAGUGUGACUUUCAGGAAUUUAAAACUUUAGCCCAAAAUAGUCAAACGGAACAUUUUUUGUCCAGGUUAGAUAUAUAUAUAUAUAUAUUUUUUUAAAUUGAUAAUUUUUAUUGUAUUUCAGAAAGUAAAUCAUGUAAAACGGGAUACAGAAAAGGAAAAAAAGGGGGGGAGGAGGGGGAGGUGAGGUGAGGGUAACAUUGUUCUGAAACAGCCAAACACCAAUAAAUCUUUAAUACCCUGUGACAUUGUCUCUAACACCUUUUAUUUUCUAAACACAGUCAUGAACCACAGUAGUGGUCCCUCAGCCUGGCCAGACAAUUUAAAGGGACACUAUAGUCACCAGAACAACUACAGCUUAUUGAAUUUGUUCUGGUGAGUAGAAUCAUUACCUUCAGGUUUUUUUGCUGUAAACAAUGUCUUUUCAGAUAAAAUGCAGUGUUUACAUUACAGCCUAGUGAUAAAUUCACUGGCCACUCCUCAGAUAGAGGUCUUUCCUGGGUUAUGGCUGCCUAAAAUGCAUCCAAACAUUCAGUAUCUCCUCCCACUAAACUUUCCUCAUAGAGAUUCAUUGAUUCAAUUCAUCUCUAUGAGGAGAUGCUGACCAGGGCUGUGUUUGAAUCAUGCUGGCUCUGCCCCUGAUCUGCCUCCUUGUCAGUCUCAGCCAAUCCUAUGGGGAAGCAUUGUGAUUGGAUCAGGCCACCACUUCUGAUGAUUUCAGCAGACAGCUUGUGUUUCCAAGGCAAACAGCAUGCAGAUCUACAGCUUCAGGCUUGAAUAUAGUAAGAUUUUGCUAUAUUUAUGGAGGCAUGUGGGGCCAAAGGGGGCUAGAUGGUGGUUUUAACAAAAUAGGGUCAGGAAUAAAUGUUAGUGAUCCUUUAAACUUUUCAGCUCGUUGGAAACCUGUAUGUACCGUCUAAGGCUGACUCAGCUAGUUAUGGUUUAACAAAAGGUGUAACCUAUUUACAGAGAUUGGUCAACUAAGUGCAAUAUAAAAUAUAUGGUAUAGUGUACAAAUCUAUCUGUGCUUACCUAUUGUGUUUGGGGUGUAUGCCCUUGUUAUUGUACUAGCGUGUUAGCAGAAUGUUAUACCUGCUGUCUCCAUGUUAAUGAAUGCAUCUAAGGCGUUGGAGCCUCCAAUAUGUGUUGCGUGAUGUGGGAGGCUGUCUCCGCUUAUGGCAGUUCAAGAGGAUACUUCUCUCUAUAUGCUUGCCACAAGAUGGUGACCUCUCUCUGUGUAGACCCUGUUUGCCAUUGGAGUGCUGCCCACAUUUGUGGAUAUUAAGUCGAUCAAAUGCUCUGUAGAGGGUAUCGUAGAUGACUUCCAAUUUCUCGCUUACAUUGUUACCGCCUCUACCAGUAUAAGACGCUAGUUUGCAAAUCGGUUUCGAGAAGCCCGGUGUUAACAGAUACGUUUCUAUAGUUGGUGAGAUCUGCGUAUCUGUGCUUACUUUUAACAAUUUCUCUACCUUUGCCCAACAUAUUGUUAGCCUUGGGCAUGUCCACCAGAUGUGUAAGGUGUUACCUGGGACUUCUUGACAUCUCCAGCAUUUAUUGUCUGGUGUAUGGUACAUUCUGGUUAUUUUGUCUGGUGUCAGGUACCACCUGUAUAAUAUUUUCCUUGAGAUCUCUAAGUGUGAGGUGCAAGAUGACAGGCCUUUAAAAGCUGCCAUAUCCUUGUGCCAUUCUUUUUGAAAGGACCAAACUGGGUCUUGGGGUUCCUCUAUGAGUGUGGUGUAGCAGAAUAAGAGUGUUUUCUUAUGCUUUUGUACGUUUAGGCACAUGUGUUCAAACUGGGUCAUGUGUGUGGAAUUGCCCUCCUGCCCCUUGUGGAUUUUCUCUAUCCUAAGCAUGUGGUGCAGUUGCAUAUAUGAGAAUUGGGCGGUGUGUGCAAUAUGGUAUUGAUACUUCAAGUCUUGGAAGCUCCUAUUAGCACCCUGUUGGGUCACAUGGUGAACGUGAGUCACGCUAUGCUCUGCCCAAAGUCUCAAGUUAAAUGUGGGGUUAAGUAGGAAUAUGGUUUUAAGUGGAGUAGCUGGGGACCAUUUGGUAGGCGAACAAACUCUGUGUCUGUUUGUAUUCCAUAUGGAUAGAAACAGUUUGGUAGCAGGUAGAAUUUGGCAUGGGGAGGGUCUUAACACUAUGGAUAUCCAGAGAAAGUGUGAUAAGUGUGGUCUUUCUAAGCCUUGUGAUUCCAAGUCCACCCACUGGGGGGGGUGUAUAGGCCCGGGAGUGACAUGUGAGGAUGUUGGCCAUAUGCGUGGCUCUGUAGUAUUCCUUCACGUUGGGGAAUCCCAGCCCCCCUUACUGUACUUUGCGAGAUAGAAGCCUCCAGGGCACUCUUGGUUUCUUGUUUUGCCAGCUAAACCUCACCAGUGUUGUCCGUAGGGACUUAAGAAACUUUAAAGGGACAGGUAUUUGUAGCGUGCGAAAUAGGUAUAGGAUUUUAGGUAGUAUUACCAUUUUGAUUGUCGCACAUCUGCCCACCCAAGAUAUAUAUUUCCCUUCCCAUAUCUUUAAUCUGUUGUCUUUCUCUAUGUGCAGUUUUUGAUUGUUCAUCUUAAACAAGGAAUUUGGUGAUUUCGUCAGUUUGAUUCCUAAAAGUGAGGUAAUAUUGUCGCCAGUCGAAAUUAAAUUCCUGUUUAAGUCUCCCUAUUGUACGGUCGUCCAUGCCUAUAUGCAUCGCUUGGGUUUUUAUGACAUUUAGCUUGUAGCAAGAUUGUAAGCUGUAUUGUUGUAGUUCUUUUUUUAAAGUUGGGGAGGGAAAUGUUUGGUUGGGAUAGUGUCAAGAGAACAUCGUCAACGAAUAAAUUGAGUUUGUAUUCGUUACCACCUAUUCGUAUGCAGUGAAUAUUAGGGUUCUGUCUUAUAGCUUCUGCUAGUGGUUCUAGUGCAAGUACGUAGAGUAGUGGUGAUAGAGGGCAACCCUGCCGCGUGCCAUUUGUAAUGUUAAAGGGGUGGGACAAGAACCCCGAGGUUGAUACUAAAGCUUUGGGAGGCUGUAUAAGACCUUAAUAGCUGUCAAAUACUCUUGCGGGAAGCCAAAUUUUGUAAUAACUGCUUCUAGAAAUUGCCAAUUCAGUCUGUUGAACGCUUUUUCAGCGUCUAAGGAAAUUAACAGGCUUUGCUCCUGGUCUUUGUCUUGUCGCCCCUGUCCAAAGGCCCACUUGAUCGUCGGAUACUAUUGACGGCAAGAUUGUCUUUGAUCGAGUGGGUAAGAUUAUGGCAAAUAAUUUAGAGUCCGAAUUUAAUAGCAAUAUCGGGCGAAUGUUCUGACAGUGAGUAGGUUGUUUGCCUGGUUUUGGAAGUGUGAUUACUUUUGCAGCUAGGAAUUCCGAGGGGGGAAGAACCAGUAUGGUGUGGGGCUAAAAGGUGUUUAAAUGUCACGUAAUAUGUGUUAGUGUAACCAUCUGGUCCAGGGGCCUUUCCUUUGGGCAGUGAUUUGAUGCAAUCUAAGAUUUUGUCCUCUGUAAUGGGAGCUGCUAAGGUUUGUUUCUAAUUAGAUGUCAGUGUCGGUAGGGGGAUCUCUGAUAAGUAGUAGUGUACUUGAGGCCGUGGGGCAUGCAAAUUCUGUACAUAUCUGUGUCUGAAGUAAUAGUUUUUGGCUCUGCAGGUUGUAUAUUUUGACCUUAAUUUCCCUAUUCCCAUUUCAGUGAGAAUCCUGGACAAUAUAACAAGGUCGCCAUUUGGAACAUCUCAUCGUUCACUUAGGUGUUCACUGUAGACAUAGAAACUGCUUCACCUCAUUGAAGUGGUUAUAAUGUCUGAAGUCCCCUAGUGCUGUGCUUCCAUUUUUAUAGCAAAUGAGUCACCAGCAGCACAUUCUCUAUGCGUAAUAUCUCUGUCUUAGCCAUUCUUACAGUAGGGCCUGGCAGUGGGUGUCCAAGGACCCUAACUCUCCGUCCAACUGCUGGAAAAUCGUUUUACAUGAAAAGGGCCAAGAGUCAGUAAGAUGAAAUGGUUAUAGUGCCUACAGUGUCCCUUUUAAGAAAAGCAUGUGUUAUCUAACUCCUUGGUGGGUAUUAUGGAAUUCACUAAAUUUACUUGCCUCUGAAGCCUUUGUUAUCCUUAUAGCAGUCCCACAAGGACAAGGGAGUGAUCUACUAAGAAUCUGAAAGACCAAAAAUCACAAAGACUUUACUAAUACUUAGUAAAAAAUACUUGGUAUUGGUAAAUAAGGUCGUUUAAAUCCUCCCUCCUGCCCCCACACGCUGUGAUGCAAAACUGGACUAAUAAACUUAAGCCAACUAAUCGCACAGUGUGGGAAAGGUUUAUAAGGCUUUCCACACCCUGCGAGCUGCGGAAUUUUAAAAAAAAAUUUUUUUUUACAAUUGGGUUAUUGUAAAAAAAAAUUUUUUUUUAAUAGUUUGAUGUGACCUUAUGGAUUUUUUUUGGCCUCUUUUGGAGCUGAAAAAAGAUGAAAGACAAAACAAGACAUCUAAUGGUAAAUAUUAUUUUUUAUUUUUUUAGUUUAUUGCCCCCCUUACAACUUUUAGGUAGGUUAGUUAGGUGGUUAAUUUUUUCAUGGGGGAGGGGUCCACUCCCCACUUUUAUAAUUAGGGCCCCCCUGGUAGGGUGGGGGGGGGGAGCUGAAGGGGAACACUAGGUCCCUCUUUAGUUUAAUAGCCCCCACUCUCAGGGCACGGGGGACACUGUCCCCAUCCAGUCAUUAUUUUAUUAGGUGCAAUGAGAUCAUAAGCAGUUAGGCCAGAGGCUUCAAUCGUAAUCAAGCCAGAGUUGGAGAGGCAGGCGUGGUGAGACUAGCAUUCUGGGGCAAUAAAGAUAGAUACAACUAUUUAUUUUACUUAAGGUGGUGGCAGUAAUCUAAUUUGACAUGAAAACACUCUAAUAUUAUGAAUACAUGUGGCCUGGUGCAACGGUCCUGUCCUUUGUAAGCAUGCAUUGUAGUGUAUUAGAAACUGCAGUGUUUAUAUGCAGGGUUAAAUCCACCUCUAGUGAUUGUCUUCCUGACAGCCACUAGAGGUACUUUCGCUGCAUUGAUAAAUAAAAAUUGGUCACAAGGUGCAGAAGCAGUAAUUUAGUGCUGUUCUGUGUUGAAGCGUGGAUGCUUGGGCAGUGCUCAUUGCACAUGCGCAUCAGGUCCCUUCACAGACGUCACGUGGACCAUAAUAGUUGUCGCAAGAGGAGGAGGAGAGGUUAGCUGCGGUUAGACUAGCAAUAACCAGAUGUUCUUUUUUUCUGGCAUAAUGCCAAGAGAUUGGUGUAGAGCAGAUGUGGUCUUUAUUUAAGAAGGGAUCAAAUCUUCAGCCUGGAAAUUACCAGCCUUUGAGCUCUUCAUUAUUUUAUUAUAGAGUGUAUAUUUUCAGUUUUUCCCUUGUUCUAUUUAUAUUGCAAUGGCACUUUAGUUCAAUAGACAAGAACUAUUGUUAACAAGUGAUGCAAUCCCUUAAGAUGAUUGCCAGCCCCUCGCUGCCAGGAAAUCUCAGUGGUUGUUGGUUUUGGUUGGACUAAGGGCUAUUUCAGCAGGAAUGCAAAGGUGUUAUAUGAGUGGAGGACUUGAUGGGGAAUUGUAUUUACUGUUGAUUGUACUAUUGUAUGCUAAUGACCAUAAAUCGUCCUUUCCCAAUGUAAUAAGAUCUGAUUUUGACCCGUACAUUUAGUGGUAUGAUUAACUACCAUAAUCACUGCUGUAAUUCAAAUCUGAAUGCUGAUCCGAUCACUCUGAGAUGAAGAGCUGAGCGCUCCUGAUGGCAUGGCACUGAGUAAUUCGACUCUGCAAAGGCAAUAGCGGAUGGCUUGAAAUUAGCAGGGGAAGCUGGGAAGUAGCGGAGGUAUUCAGCCGGAGUACUAGAAGUGUAAUUUUUAAAUUUUUUGGCUACCUUGACUAGGGAAUUAAAUGGCAAAAACUUUUUUAAACCCUGCACAGGGUUAUUUGCUAAGCUCACUGAUUUUAAUUUUUUUUUUUUUAGGUGAAUUUAAUCCAAAUGGCAAAAAUAGCCAAGUUGAGAGCUUGCAGUGUGAUAUAUGCAGUGGAAAAACAAAGAUUAUUAUUAUUAUUAUUAUUAUUAUUAUUGUUUUUAUUUAUUUUUUUAUUUAUUUUUUUAAAUUUGAUUUACUCUAUAACUUUGCUAUUACUAAACAUUCUAUGUAGUUUAUAUGAAAUCUCACCCAUUUACAGGCCUUGUAGAAAUUACCCUACUGUUCCACUGACGAGUUCCAGCUUUUUUAGAGUACAUCUUAUUUAUAUGGAGUUGCCUGUUUGUUUUUUUUACCCCAUUUGGCCUGCUAAUUACUUUCUUUUAUUAAAGAAAGAACAAAUGUAGUGUUUAAACCAGCAGUCUGGUUGUUACUGAAAAAAAUCUUCUUCCGAACCUGUUGGCUCAUAACAUAUGGCUAACAUAUGUGUCUGUUGCCUGUUCAUCUUUUUGCUUUCAAACUUAGUUCUGAGUCAGCCAAGGACAUGCUGGAAAGUUUUGGUACAAUUUAUUUCCAAGCUUUUAACCAUCUGUUCCUCAGUUAAACAGAAAAUUAAAUGAACACUCCAAACCCCACGCUUCAGCUUCUCAUCAAGAAUGGUCGGUUUCGGUGCUCCUCAAUGAGUGGAUCACAGCAAUUGCUGUGUGUGUGCACCCUGUGUUUCAUAUGCUUCUUUAUAAGACACAUUGGAUUGGCCAGGAGGUCUUCAAUAGUAACGAUCUCCCAUGGGCAGGUUGCAGCCCUUCCGGAUCAGAGGUUAGACAGAGCUGCAGACUUUGUAAGAUCUCCUUAUAUACAUUUCUUACUCUUACUGGAUCCAUUCGUUGAACUUGUGAUGACAUGACUGGGCCACAAGUGACAUACUUUAAGCGGGUCAUCUGAGAAAAUAUGGAAUUGACUUAAUUCAAGUUUAAUGUGUAUCUGUCCUACAACAAAUUAUUAUUUGUAAAGUGCCAACAAAGUCUGUAGUGCUGUACAAUAGGUGGACUAAUGAACAUGUAUUUGCAACAAGAUGAGCUUACGCACAGGAACAGAGGCUGUUGAGGGCCCUGCUCAAACAGGCUUACAUUCUUGAGCGAGUGGGGUAAAGUGGUACGAGGUAUAGGAAGGAUAUACUUCACGUAUGGGAAGAAGUAUAUUGCUAGAGCAGUGAAGGGUUCAUUUUUUUGGAUGAUAGUCGCAGGAGAGGAAGCAGGAUGGGUUCCAAAGUGCGGGGAGGGAAAGCUAUUAAGUUUCAUUAUUAUGCUUUCUUAAAUAAGUGAGUUUUUAAGGCAAGUUUGAAAAAACUUAGCUUGGGUGAGAGUCUAACGGAGCAGGUAAGGGAGUUCCAAAGGAAUAACAAAGUCAUGCUUUUAAAGUUGAGUGCUAACAAAUGACAAAUAUCGUUGACGUCUGUCUACGUAAGCUCCAAAAUCGAGGUCUGCAACAAAUAGUUUUUUCUACUUUCCCAAAAAGCUGCAGGAUAUUGCUGUGGUAGAUGUAUUUGACAGAUUACGAACAAACUCGAAAAGACAAAUAUAUAGCAUAAAUUUGGAAUAAAAAAAAUAAUCCACAAACUUUUGUGCUGCUUUUAGCAAAGCUUUGUAACUUGACUUUAAAUCUUCGCUAUUUCAGUGUUACCAUUUUUAGCCUAGAUUGUUUUCGUAUUUCUCUUGUACAUAAAUCUGAUGAUCUGUAUUGUAAUUCAAUUUAUUUAGUAUUCUCAAUUUCUGGCCAUGUAACAUUUAUUAUUACUGUAUAUUCAGUAUUUUACCUACAUUUUAAUUUGCAGUUCUAAACUUCAAGGACCUCUAUAGUGCCAGGAAAACAACACCCUCAGGGUCCCCGUCCCGCCUGGCUCUGGAAAGGGGAAAGGGGUUAAAACUUCAUUUUUUCCAGCGCUGGGCGGGGAGCUCUCCUCCUCCGAUCCUCCUCUUCUCCUCCCCGUCGGCUGAAUGCGCACGCGCGGCAAGAGCUGCGCGCGCAUUCAGCCGGUCACAUAGGAAAGCAUUCAUAAUGCUUUCCUAUGGACGCUUGCGUGCUCUCACUGUGAAAAAUCACAGUGAGAAGCACGCAAGCGCCUCUAGCGGCUGUCAAUGAGACAGCCACUAGAGGAAAUAGGGGAAGGCUUAACCCAUUCAUAAACAUAGCAGUUUCUCUGAAACUGCUAUGUUUAUGAAAAAAUGGGUUAACCCUAGCUGGGCCUGGCACCCAGACCACUUCAUUAAGCUGAAGUGGUCUGGGUGCCUAGAGUGGUCCUUUAAGAAUUUUUAAAAAUAAAUAACAAAAAUCACUAUUAAAUUGAUACACUAAGCUGGCACUCUCGGUCAAUCGCUACCACCCAUUGUUGCUCAGACUAAUUUUAGUAUUAAAACAUUAAAUGCAAUUUAACACUGAACAGAAGGUCAGUGCGAUUGACCAUAACCAUUUCAAUGAGAUGAAGCGGCUACAAUAUCUACUGUAUCAUUUUUUUCUUUCUUUUAAAAGGUAUUUUGCUUCAAAGGUAUAGGCAAACUGAUUUCAAAUUUUAAGAAGCCAGUCAUAAGUUACUUACCACUUCUAGCUUGGAGGGCCCAUGGCACAUUUAAGAGGGCUGCAUUUUCAAUUGCUAGUGGGUAAGUGGAAAUUUGAAAGCCUUACCUAUCUAAACCUUACUUAAAAGGUUUCCGUUAAGAGUGGAAUAUGACAUGCUCAAAUCUCAAUUGGGGACUUACAAAUAAAGUAACAGUUGACAACAGAACCUCAAAUGUUGGGUUAAAAUAGCUAUUUGGAAAAUGUCUUCAGUUAUUUUGGUCUAGAAUUGCAAAUUCCUACUUUUUUGCACCACCAUUGUAGUAGUGAUUUUAAGUUCCAAUAUUUAGUAAAUGGAUACAAUUUAUUUAGGAAGGUGGCAGAGCUUUUGGUUCUACAAUUGUUUUGGGUGCUUUUUAAAGGCUAGUUCUGCUGGAAUAAGCUGGUCGGACAUUGAAAUUGUAAAUUACCUCUCUUGUUUGCUACCUUAUGAUAAAAAUUCUAGGGUAUCUCUUAUGUUACUCCACACUGGUGUAUAUACAUUGUUCUCUCUGUAUUCCAGGAUUUCAUAACUUUUAAUGACAUUGCAGUGUAUUUUUCGGAGGAGGAAUGGAGAUGUCUAGGGGAAGCAGAGAAGGAUCUCUACAAGGAUGUGAUUAUUGACAAUUAUCAAACCCUUGUGUCAGUAGGUAAGGAGAUAUUUAAGUAUUCAUCACUGUGUGAUAACAUACCCAGUUCAUAUCUGGAGCUUUUUAAUUUUUUUAUUAUGUGAGCUAUUGCAAUAAUUUCAUUAUUGGAUAAAACCAAGCUUUUGAUGUUUUUUUGUUUGUUUUUUUAGAAAAAAGAAAUUUGAUUAGAAACAUAGGUUGAUGUGAUAAACCACAACAACUAUUUUUGACAGACCCUGCUUGUAGUCUUCUCCUGCAGACGAAUCUUGAUAGCUCUAUGAAGCUAAAACAGGACCGUGCUUAUUGACGGAGUGCUCUCAGCCAAUGAGCACAACUCAGCAUCAACAGUACUUUAUUAUAGACACAUUCUGGCUUCUAGUGCAGCAAGACACUGGAUGUAGUGCAGGCAACAUGUAAUAUGUCAAACUGGUGGGAUGGUGCCAGGCAGUCCUGCACUAUAACCCUUACAGCAGGCUGUAGUGGUUAUGCUGCUUGAAGUGUUUGUUUCAGCCAUAUUUCUUUUGGCCUCUUGCUCUUCCAAUCUUACAGUUCCCAUUUAAUAAUAAUAACCGUUUAAACCUUUCAGAUUCAUAACCUUGUUUUCGUAGACACCCCUUCCCCUCCCACUCUCUGUAAUGCGCACACAAUACAACAUGCAACUGGGAAACUGUGUAGCGAGCCACAAAGACCCUGCACAGUUCCAUUAGAUUUGCAUUUUUCAUAAUAUUCGGACUAGUAUUGUAAUACUGAUCACAAAUUCAGUAGCUGAUUACAGUUCUGCUGAUAUGUGCCCCUUCCAUAAUGGCCAACAAUUCAACUUUCCAUCAGUACUGCAGUUAGUACCGAAUGGUGUUAUAUAUUCUAGCAAGUCAUGAUCCAGUGCCCUCUGUGUUGUGGUCUGUAAUAGUUAGUGCUAAUCAUCGUUAGAAAUGACCGGCAUAAUGAUGAAAAGUCAAUAUCUUUCAUUCCUAGCUAUCAUAUUUCUAUACUGGUUUUCAACUAGCUUCAAAAUUGGAAGCUGAGUUUUCUAAAGUGAAUGAGUCUAGCAGCUGAGGAGCUGCUAUUCUGGAGACACAAACAAUAAGGUAUUCAUACAUAUGGAAAAAUUGGGACAUAGACUUUUAGGGUUAUUUACUAAAGUGAGAAUUUAAUUUUUUUCCCCCCUUUUCUUCCUUAUUUUUAGUGCACAUCUAAUUUCACAGAUUUUUGAUCCUUUAUUAAAUUAGGCCUCUUGGUUUGGUGAAGAGGAACGAGGAGCCAAAAGACUAAGUUGUUGGACAGAUUGGGUGGUGUACUAUGUAAUGGCAAGAUAAGUGUUCUUUAGAAGUCCUGGUAGCAUACAUGUCUUGUUUAUCACAUGUAUUCCUUUAAUUUGUAAGACAAUGUGCUGCCAACUAUUUUUAUAGAAUGUUCUUGGUUGCUUUUGGAAGAAAAGUAUGUUUCAUUAUUCUCAAAACUGUUGUAAUUAUGAAACCUAUUGCGCUUUUAUUUAACAGGGUUUCUUAUUGAAAAACCUGAAAUUGUGUUGAAGAUUGAACAUGGGUAUGAUCUCUGUGCAACCAAUGAGCAGGAACAUCUAUGGAGAUAUACAAGCCAAGACAUCUGCACAGGUAGAACAAAUAAUGCAGUAUUGUUCCUUGUUCAGUGUAUUGCCAGGGUAACUUUUUUAUUUUUUAUUCUUCUGGUUCUUCUCACCACUGUGAUUCCAGGCUAAGGUAGGGGCUGUUUCCUUAUGUACAGGGAUCUUUUCAUUUCUAGUGGCAGGAUUGCAGGCCCGCAUGUUCUCUGAGACGCGGGAGACCCCAGUGUGAGUGAACGGCGGAGUAGAUGCUUCUGUAAGUGGGCCCCAGUGAGAAAAGCAAGGUGGGGCUGCAAGAACGUAGGUUUAUACAGCAUCAGAGCCGAUCAAACUUGGCCUCAAAGCAUUCCCUCCACGACAGGCUGUUCGUGCACACAUGGCAGAGUGGUAACUGCAACGGUCAUUUUGGUCUCACUGCGUGGUCUCAGAGCCGGCAGAUGACAAAUUCACUCCAGCAGAGAGGUAAGCUUCCCUACCAGUCCAUAGGGGGGUGACGGAGCUGUGAUAAAGUAGCUGUGAACUGCGCAACCCUGGACAGGAGAUUGACCACAUCCCCCAAUCUCGACACUCGAUAAGCCGCUGACUCGGUCGUGGAAAUUUCUUGCCAGGGCUUCUUUCUUGAACCAGGAAUGUCUGCGUCAUUAAAGAUUCUGCCUGCUGUAAUCUCUAAGCAGCUCACGCUUAUUAUAAAAGUGUUUUUGAGCAAAUGUAACUCGUCUGGCGAUCUUUUUAUUUAUUUUUGUGGUACUGGACUUCUUGAGCUCUGAAACCCUUAAUUCAUAACACUUUGACCAAGCACGAUUAGAAAAAAAAUAUAGCUGAAUUGACAAAUUGUCUUGACACGGUGUAUCAGUGUAGUUGUGGUGUGUACAUAUUUUUUGUACAUGUGUCAACAAUAAGACUUAUACAGUACCUUACUCAACAUUAUGGAUGUUAUGCAUUUUAUGUUCUGAUCCUUAGCCUUUCUGGGAGUCUUGAUGAAUCAAACCGUGUGGUUGAGCCUAUCUUGUAAUAUGAAAAUGUGACAAGAACAUAUUAAAAUAAAAUUAUAUGGAAAAGACAGUGUUUACAACAAAAAGCCUGAAGGUAAUGAUUCUACUCACCAGAACAAUUUCAGUAAGCUGUAGUUGUUGUUCUGGUGACUAUAGUGUCCCUUUAACAAAGGCACUUAUGGUUCUCCGGCCUACCUAUUUCUUAACCUGUCCCUGGGAUCAGAGACAAAUGGAUUCCAGUAAGAGGUUUUUGGACCUUUUUGCUAGUUCCAGACAGGAAACACAAUUCACAAUGGAACUAACACACAAUACUUUAUAUACACUCAGGACUAGUCCCUAUCCAUAUUUCACUUAUGGUGACACACUAAAUUCAGUAUAGAAAGCAUAAUCAUAUGGGAUAUAAUACAGGUACUCCAUAUAACACAAUACGAUAUUUAUAAAGGAAUGUGGAAGACUCUGACAAGGAAUGCAUCAGCUGCCUGCAUAAACUACACUAUGCAAAUCUACCUGAAUAUGCACCAUAACGAGCCUUGCUAUUUAGAUAAUACACAUAACUGUUUCAAGAACUUCACUACCAACAGAAGAAGUACCACAGCCAAAUUCACCUAGUUUGUUGAGAGCAUCAGCAGGACAGGAGAGCACAUAAUACAUUUAACAAAUAAUACACACGUUGCACAUAUAAUUGGUACAGGGUGACUUAGACAUAAGGUUUUAGUGUAUACAUCAUGCCCAUGCAGUUUCACUGCUCAAUUCUCUGCCAUUUAGAAGGUAAAUCACUUUGUUUACGCAGCCUUAGGCACAUGUCCCUGUGUGUAACUUACACAAUCUCCCCACACAUUCCUGUAAAGAGAUCUAAUGUUUAAACUUCCUUUAUUGUACAGUGUGUUUAAAUCAGAAUUUAUUAUCUACUGCUCUGUUGAUAGCCAGCUAUAUCCCACAGGAGCCUCCUUGUUGUGUGAUUUAGGUUCAAUUAACAGAACAGAAGAUAAAAAUGCUGUCACCUCUGAUUUUGACUGUGUGUAUAAAAUAAACAUCUAUCAAUCUAAUCUAUCUACACAAAGGAGAGCACUCACUGAAUUUGUAGUAUUUUUUCAAACUUCUAUUUCCCAAAUGGUUACAUUACAUCAACAUUUCAGCUCAAACAGCGAAUUUUCAUCUACCACUGAUGAAAGUCUGCUGUUUUGACUGAAACUAUGUAAUGUAAACAUUUGGGAACUAAAAAUUUGAUAAACACUACAAUUCCAGUGAGUGCUUUCCUUUGUGUCGAUAUAGUGUGUGUGUGUGUGUGUGUGUGUGUGUGUACACACACAUUCCUCAUUCUCCGGUCCUCUACCAGUGACCUGGGAGCUUGAGGGUUCUGGCAGUAUCUUAGCUGUUCCAAGAGCAGCACUCUUCUGUACAGUGAUCUCAGACGCCCCACCUGUAAUCUGCUAAAGCCGUUCCACCAUAUCUCCCUCUCUCCCUAGUCCGCGUCAAAUGCUUGGGAACCAGAGCACAGUGAAGAUAAGUGGGCUACUAGAAAAAAACAUUUCCUGGACACGAAGUAAGAACCUAGACCUGCUUGACAACUACUACAACAGCAGACCCAAUGAGUGGGAAGAUGAAGGUCUCUUUUUCAUCCACAGUUCUCACAGAUGUUCAUGUAGCCCCCUUACACCAAAACAGUUACACAAGGUUUGAACAUUGUCAAGGAGAAGCUAGUGUCACUACUAGAAUUAGAUGGACUGCACAAAACAUGAAGAGCAAUGAAGCCAUGCAAUACCAAUACUUAGGGUUGCCAAUCUGAAUCUCUUUUCUUGAAUGGCAUAACAGAUACAAGAUACACCAGAGAAGCAGAGGUUAAGAGAAAAAAUGCCCUGUUUACCAUAGAACCAAGGUGUAUUCACAGCUGCAGUGUAACCACAUAUCCACCAGAGACUGAACAGUACUGGAAGAACAUCUGGAAGAAGGAAGGCUCACAUAACACCAAGGUCCAGUGGCUACUAGAACUGAAAUCAGACUACUGCAUGCUUCCAGAAUAGGAACCACUCCCCAUCACAGUAAGAGAUAUCCAGCAGCGAGUUGCCAACAUGAAGAGUUGGUCAGCCCCAGGACCGACAUGAUCCACAGCUAUUGGAUAAAGAAAUUAACAAUGCUGCAAGAACACCUAGCAGCACAAAUGAUCCAGCUACUGGCAACAGGCUACCACCUGGACUGGCAACACAAGGCAGAACAAUGCUGGUUAUGAAGGACUCUUACAAGGGAAUAAACCCAUCAACAUACAGACUGAUCACCUGCCUCCACACAACAAGGAAGGUCCUUUCAUUUAUCAUAGCCUCCAAUAUCGAAGGGCAUAUGAGUUAGUACAGGAGCAAUGCUCAAAAGGGUAUUGGAAACAACACCAGAGGAUCAAAACUUGGCAGACCAAGUAGUCACAUGGGAUUCUAAGGCCAGAGAGAGGGAGUAGAAAAAGAGGAGAUUCCAUGGCAAGACAACAGAUGUGACUCACAUUACGAAAUCCUACUAGUGGUUGGAAAUUGCAGGACUGAAAGACUGCACUGGAGCAUUAAUUAUAGUGGCUCAGUCACUCAGCCCACCAGAUCAAUAGAAGCGAGAGUCUACCACGCCAGGCAAGACCCAAGGUGCAGACUUUGCAAAGAGGCCUCUGAGUCAAUCCAGCACAUAGUAGUCAGGUGCAAGAUGUUGGCAGAGACAGCAUACACGGAAAGGCACAACAAAAUUACUGGAAUUAUGUAUCUAAUUAUCUGUGACUCCAAGCUGAGGGAGUGCCUUUAGCAGAUGCCUGUCCAGAAGAGGGCAGUUCUAGGAGCCACUAAGAUACUGUGCAGAACCCGAAGACUCCAGGCCUCCUGCAGAGGACCUGAGAAUGAGGAAUACACAAAAAAUAUAUAUCACCACAGGAGGGGAGAGAAAAUAUAUAUUUUUUCCCUUCCAGGGUAAUAUGAUAUUUUAUUCAUGCACAAAAUCCAGCGCACUUACUGUUGGGGCCAAAUUCCUUCCUUUGGGGAAUCUUACCAGCUCCAGUCACUACUUGCCAUGAGUUUGAAGGAUUGACAGCGAAGGUGCAAAUCAAUUUUGAGGUUUAUUGAUAGAAUAUUCAGAUUAUAAAGGUAUUUUACCACAUUACAUCACAUCAUACAGAAUUAGCAAGUAUUUAGAAUAUUUGUCAACAGUUGCUUUUCACUAGGCAGACAUUACAUUUAACAUGGCAUUGAUAAGAAGGAGGCAAGUUCUCAAAUAUGAAGGUCAGUUUGACAGCGUUGCAUUUUUGUUUGUUUGCUCCCUGAAAGACUUACUGGGAAACUACUGGUACAAGGUUAUUUGCGCAAACAAGUUAGUAAUAAGAUGGAGAUAUAUAUCAAUUUUUUUUUAUUGUUUUUAUUUUUUACACUGUCUUUAUAUAAAUGAUGGAAAUCUACUCAAAACUAGUGGAGGGUUUCCUAGUUAUGAGUAGAUUUUAUAUAUGCAUUGUUUGUAAAUGGAUUGGUGAACCCUGGUCCAGUUCUGAGCUUUAUUCUGUACCCUUCCUCCUACUCCCUCCACCCCACUGGGGCACAUGCCAUUUACUAUAAUUUGGAGGUUCUCCUCUGUUUUCACAUAUUUUUAUAUAAAUGAUUAUAGAAUAAUAACCUUUUGCCAUUCUAUUUACAAAUUGUGUAGGGGUUUCUUGGAAGUAGGGAUGGAGUUACCUUUCUGGCACUUGUGCUACCUGCACUGCGGGAACAUCAUUAGGGGAACGCUGUUUUAUCUCGGGAGAGGAAAUGUAAAUUCCUUAUUGGUGUGAAAACAGUAGAUAUCUGAAGCAAAGCAAACAAAAUACAAAUGCCGUCUUUUCAUAAAACUGGAAAAUGGUUCCUGAGUACAAAAUGGCGGAUUGGUUACAUGAUUUUAUGCAAUCACUCACUAAACCGCAACUUCAAAGCUCACAAACAAGUUUAUUUUGUUUGGUUUUUUUUAAAGAAAAAGACUGACUUAGGCAAAAAUAAUGGGGAUUUAGUUGCAGUAUAUGAUCAUACUUUGCGUAAGCCUGUCCGAACACAAAUGUACACCAUUUCUGCCAGGUCCUAUUCUAACAACCUAAUGCCUGCUCUUAUCAGAUUAAUCAAUUUACUUGGGAAAUUCUAUCACUUGGGGCUCUCUGCAGCAAGGUUAAAUAGGGCACUAGAAGGAAGCAUAUGUAACAUGGAGCUGUGCAAAACCAAAGAAGUUGGCCUGGACUCCUAAAUACAUUUAUAUACAAUAGGUCAGCACUCUCCUGAACAUGCAUACAUUAUAAGGUCUGUGUGUAUAUGUUAUUCAUAUAUGUAUGUUUCAUAUUCUUAACACAAAAUCAAGUCACACUUUGUGUACAAACAUGUAGCAAAUUAAAAUCUGAAUAGCAAAAAUUGAGCUACAGCAUCAAAAGCUGUCACCACCUGACAUUUUUUCCCCCUCAUCUAUUUUGGUCUCAAACUUGUUUAGUGGAUAACCAUGUUACUGUGUCAUGUAGACUGGUGAAAUGUCAAGUUACAUGGAGAUUUGGUUUUAUGUUUUUCAGGUCACAUGACUAUCGAUGAGCAUAAUCUAGAAGAAAUAAAAAAACUAAAUUUGUCCUAUUGGACUUGUUAUGAUAAUGUAAUCUGCUAUAAUAACCCAACGAAGAAAUGCAAGUCAAAUGACUGGUUAGUAGCUGAACCUGAAUUGUUUUCCACUUAUGGAACACAAAAUCCUUCUUUUGUAGAAGAAAUUCAACUGCGCCAUGCUUCAAAUUAUGAGGACACCAUCCAUGAAAUAAUACAAAACCAGAGACACUUCCAAAAUACAUCACUUUUUCACCAGGAUCGAAUUCCUGAGUACAGGGCUAUGGCAGCUUACAAAGCAGCAAAACGCCAUUCAUGCAUGGAAUGUGGAAAGUGCUUCUUGCAAAGCUCACAUCUAAAGUCUCACCAGAAAACACAUACAGGAGAGAAGCCAUAUGCAUGUGGUGAAUGUGGGGGGCGUUUUGCAGAAAAGGGAACUCUAGUUAAGCACCAAAGAACUCAUUCAGGAGAGAGACCUUAUCCCUGUCUUGUAUGUGGCAAGAGUUUUUCUCAGAACUCUCAUCUCUGCAUGCACAAGAGAACGCACCUUUUUAAAGAACCAUGUUCUGAGUGUGGCAAUAUUAUAAGUAAUACAACCAGAAUCCAUAUGACUCCAAGUGAGUGUUCUCAGUGUAGGCAGCGCUCCACAGAAAGACUUGAUGCUAUCAAACAAAGAAAACUAAAAAAGAGGGAGAAGGUGUAUAAGUGUACACAGUGUGAUAAAUGUUUUACCAGGAGUGCUAACCUGGUUGUGCACCACAGAACCCACACUGGUGAAAAACCUUACAUAUGCUCUGAUUGUGGGAAAACCUUCACUGACCGGUCCAACCUGGUCAGCCACAGAAGAACCCAUACUGGGGAAAAGCCAUAUUUAUGCAGUGAAUGUGGUAAGACUUUUCCAUACCGUUCAGCACUGGUUUUACACAAAAGAACUCACACGGGUGAGAAACCAUUUGUAUGUAAUGAAUGCGGGAAGAGUUUUUUCUGUAAUUCACGAUUGCUUCUCCACCAGAAAGUUCACACGGGUGAAAGGCCUUAUGCUUGUAAUGAAUGCGGUAAAAGCUUCUCCUGUAGCUCAACGCUGGUCAAGCAUCAAAUUAUACACACUGGAGAGAGACCAUACUCAUGUCUUGAAUGUGGUAAGUCUUUCAUUCGAGGGUCUCAUCUAACUAUCCACCAGAGGACUCACACCGGUGAGAAACCAUACAAUUGCCCAGAUUGUGGAAAAGGCUUCACUGAUAAAUCAAAUCUUUCAAGCCACCAGAGAACUCACAAAGGAGAGAGACAUUAUGUGUGCAAAGAAUGUAAUAAGAGAUUUACACAGAGCUCAACAUUGCUCAAACACCUACAAACUCACACUGGAGAGAAGCCUUAUGCCUGCACAGAAUGUGGGAAACUGUUCACACGUAGCUCUAAUCUUAUUAUCCAUCUAAGGGUCCAUACGGGGGAAAGGCCAUAUAAGUGCAAUGUUUGUGGUAGAAGCUUUUCCCAUAGCUCGCAUCUCGUUAAACAUAAAAAAAUUCACAAAUAAAGGACUGUGUUCAGUGUGUGACUCAAAAUAUGCAAAUUAUUAUGUAAUCUUAAACUAAAAGUAAAAUAUAUCAAACUUACCCAAAGGUGGUAGUUAUUGCAACACAAUAAAAAAAUGUGUAUAUACCUGAAUAUUCUCCGACAUUUACGCGAAACCUAGUUAAAAGAUACUUUUAUAUUUUUGCUAAUGAACAUAGGGUUGUGUGUGUGUGUGUGUGUGUGUGGUUUUUUUUUUUGUGUUUUUUUUUUUAUAUCUGUACCCAGCAUUUCUCCUCCUAUUAAGUAAUAACUAAAUAUAAAUAUUCUACUUAAAGGGACACUUUAGGCCCCCAGACCACUUUAUCUCAUUUAAGUGGUCUGGGUGCAAUGCCCCUGUAAGUGUAACUCGGCAACUGAAAUUAUUGCAGUUAUUGAUAAACUGCAAAAAUUACAUUGCAGGGUUAACUCCACC